AUGAGUCUCAAACCCAAGCUCGAAUCGCCAAUCAACUUGCCGAUUCCCUCCCGAGAUCCUUGUUACCCUGGCAUGGAACCCUCUGAGGUACCCGAAGACUUUAUCAAGCAAGGCCAUCCGUAUCGCCUUCUUCAUCGUUUUUUCAUUGGGAUAGAGCCUGGUCUAACUGACAUCGAUGCUAUCGAAUUUACAAACAAACGCCCCGUUUCAUAUGUCAAAAAAUUCAUAUCUAAAAGCCUUGAGACUGAUACUAAAUCUCUUGUUGAAACAUCUCACCCAAACCUAGUGAAUCUUCGAGAGGUGUUCAUUCAUGGCCGAUCCUGUUUCUUUCUUUACGAAAGAUGGAGUCUGUCCCUCGACGAAGUCCAAAAGCUAGGCCCUGUCUUUCAGCUAAGCGAGGUUGAAGUGGCAAAUAUAUGCUACAAGAUUUUCAUGGGGCUUCUCGAUAUCCACGAGACACUCAAGAUUAGCCAUGGCAAUAUCCAUAUGGGAAAUGUCUUUAUUUGCGAAGAUGGUGAAGUCAAGAUUGGAGACAUUGGUGAAAGUAUGAUUCACCAUCGGAAUCAAAACGACAAGGCUCGAGAUAUUGUUGCUGUGUUCUGUAUUGCACGAACACUCCUCAUCAGUAACAAAGCCAUGGGCCGAGGUGCUAUAGGUCUUCUGUGUCAGGAUUUUACAUCAGCUCAUUCGAGUGCAUCUAUUGCUGAGUUAAUUCAGGUUGGUAAUUUCACCUCUUCUAUUUCUUAUGCUUAUCAGCCUAUAGCAUCCUUUCAUUAUGCUAAGAACAGGGUCCUGGUGCCUACGACCUGUAAAUAUCUUAUGCACAAUUGCGCAGCGUGGGAGCUAUUUUACAUCUACUGGGGGUAA